AUGAACAACAUGAGCGACAAAAAAAUAAGAGGCAACAGAAUGAAAAAUAACACUCCGAAAAUGAACAAAAUGAUAAAUUACAACAUGAACAGUAACAAUAUGAACAGUAACAAUAUGAACAGUAACAAUAUGAAAAAUAACAAAAUGAAAAAUAACAGCAUGAAAAAUAACAGUAUGAGAAAUAACAGCACGAAAAAUAAUAGUAUGAAAAAUAACAAUAUGAAAAAUAACAGUAUGAAAAACUACAACAUGAGCAGUAAUAUCGAUGGUAGAGACCUUCUUGAGAGAAGGCCUCCACCCCCAGUAGAGGGUAACUCUUCAUUUAUAUAUGAAGAAAACAAAACGAGGAAAGGUCUCUAUGGGUUAACUGAAAGGAGUUCCAACAAUGUUGGAAAUGUAGGGAGAUGUUACAGUGGUAAUAACACGGAUACAAAUCAUUUAAUGAAGGAGGAAUAUCCUCUGAAUUAUUCUCUGUAUUCAAAUAAGGCAGAUUUCCAAUCCCAACGCAGUAGAAAUGUAGUUGAAACAAAUAACUCAUUUAACAAUGGAUCCAAUGUGAAUGAAGAAAAUGAAUUUAGUUCACAAAACAUGCACACAAUCGAUGAAACAGAAAUGAAAUAUUGUAAAAGUAAGAAUUUAAAAAGGUUUCAUUAUCCGAACUUAAAUUUGUAUAAUCACGCGAAUAUUUCAAAAAACUCAAGAGGGGUGAUGGGAAGGGUUCUUAGUAAAAGAAUGUCACCUCAAAAUGUGAAAAAAAAAAAAAAAAUUAAAAUAGACCAUGAAGGAGGUGGUACUUCUAACAAUGAGGGUGAUACUUCCAAUUAUGGGGUUGGUGCUUCUAACUAUGGGGUUGGUGCUUCUAACUAUGGGGUUGGUGCUUCUAACUAUGGGGUUGGUACUUCCAACUAUGGGGACGAUGCUUCUGAGUAUGUGUGCGAUUCUCACCCCGGAUCUCUUACCACCAGUGCUGAAAACGAGGUUAGCAACAACAUGAACAAUUCCAGCGUUGGGGGAAGUUCAAUAAGUGGAAACAAGCAUGAACACAAGGUAACAAAAAAUAAUGAAACUGAGGGAUCUUUAUUUUCCAAUCAAUACCUUUUGAGAAAUCAAGGGGAAAGUUUAUAUAAUGUUAGUAAUAUAAAAAAUAAUUUAUAUUCCCAUUAUGGAGGCAUCAGUGGGGGUAUGAAGAGUAACAAUACCAAUCAGAGAAAAUACACUACUAAUAGUAGUAACAGUUUAAGUCAGAAAAAAAAUAAGAACAAUUUAUCAUUUUCAAAAAAUACGAAUUUCGAGAAUGUAGCGCUAGGGACAGAGAAGAAAAAGAACAAUAAUAAUAAUAAUAAUAAUAAUAAUAAAUUCUACUCAAAUUUGACAUUGCCAAAUAUUAAUGCAAAAGCCAAUUUGCAGGAAAUAAGUUAUAUGCAAUCAGAAGACAACAACAAUAAAUUCGAAUUGGGCAGUAAAUCUCUCUACCAAAAUAAAAAAUGGUGUGAUAGUGGCCACACGAUGGAGCAACGAAUGACGACCUACACGAAUGAACAACGAAUGACGACCCACACGAAUGAACAACGAAUGACGACCCACACGAAUGAACAACGAAUGACGACCCACACGAAUGAACAACGAAUGACGACCCACACGAAUGAACAACAAAUGACUUCCACUUCAAAUAAUUACAACUUGGAUGCAUCCAAUAUUUAUAGGCGAGACAUGAAUCUUAUCAGAAGUGGUAACAAUGAUAAGUCCAGCGUUGUCAUAGCGAAUGCCUCGAGUUGGGAAAGCGACACAAAUGAGAGCAGAAAUAUUUCCCAAGAAAAAAGUGUACGAAAUUUGGACGUGCUUUCGAAUUGCUUGUAUUCUCGAAGCAUUCAAGGAACGGAUGAUCUUAGUAAAAUAUACAACGCUUUGAUGAAUAAUAAAGAUAAAAAUAAAGAUAAAAAGAAAGAAUUAUUGACGAACUUGUUAAAUGACAUAAAAGAUUUGGAGGAAACCUCGAAAGUGACGAUAAAAAUGACAACCCCUUCAGAUGGAAGGAACGUUGGUCAGAGGAAUACAUUGAAUGAAGUAAGAAUGCAUAAAGAAUUGUUCAUUAAAGAUGAUAACGAGAAUGUGGUGAAGGGGAAUGCAUAUGUAAGUGAAGCAGAUGCAGUACUAGAUGAAGGAAGGAUGAAUAAUUUCAAUUUUUCAAAUGGUAUUGAGGGGAUUCAGUAUGAUGAGAAUUGUGGAAUUCACAAAAAUGGAGAACCUUAUGUUAGUGACCACAUAGAUUUAUUGAAAAAAAAUCGAGAAAGUGGAUUGUUCAAUUGGAGUCCAUUGUUCAAUCGAGGUGAAAAAUGUGAAGUAUCCCAGGAGGCAGCAAUGAGAGAGGUAGUGGGUAAUGAAGCAGUAGAUAAUGGAGGAGCAGAUAAUGGAGGAGCAGAUAAUGGAGGAGUAAGCAACGAAGCAGUACGAGAAAGAAAGAGAGAAAAGGGCCCUGAAAGGAUUCCCAUUUUUAACGAGCUGAAAAUGGACCAGACAAUGAAAGACAAGUGGAAUGAAGCAUUGGAGAAAUGUGUAGACAAAAAAACUGAGGAAAACUUGAACAAACUAGAAGAGAAUAUGAAAAGUAAUUUAAAAAUUAUUGAAAUUUUUAAGGCAGGUCUAUUUUAUAAUGAUGAUAAUUUUGUGUACAAAAAUGCUUUGUACAUGAAUUACCAAUUGGUGUUACUUGAAAAUGCAAAAUUUCUUUACUUGGAGAAUAUUUUCCAAUUUAAUAAAAUGAAAGAGAAAAAGGAAUCAAAUAUUACAGAAUUUGUUAAGAAUUGCUCCAUUUCAUUUACUAAUUUUUUCUUCUUUUUCAAUAAUUUUUAUGAUAUAACAGAAAAAUAUCGAAAUAAAAUUUGUUUUUUUUUGAUUUACAAAAUUAUUAUUAUGAAUGAGGAUGAUGAAGAAUAUGGACGUUACUAUAAUUUGAUUUUAAAAAUUUUGAACAAGAACACCUUGAUAUUUUUUCUCUUCAUUUUAAUUAACAUGAUGAGGCAUUACUCCUUCAAGUUAAAUUAUUUUGUGAAUUUUAUAGAGAGGUUGUUGCCAAUCAUAACGAAAGGCCCACGCACAGGAACAGGGGUCGCUGCCAUAGUCUCUUCACCUCUAUGUGUAAGGGUGAGUGUAACUGGCAGCACGACAAAUGAUGCAAUGGUGAACAGUGCAAUGACGAAUAGAACGACAGGCGGGGCGAGGGGAUGUUCCCCACGCAAAUGCACCGAAUGGAGGAAUGAAAAGAAAAGGACUUUAUUUAACAUAUUAUUUUUCAAAUUAUUCAAGUUGAUAUUUUACAGAAUCGAAUUAUUUCCAAACCAGAAGAAACAUUUAUUGUUGCUUUUUUUAAGAUAUAUUAAGAAUUUCCUACUGAACAUAUGCUCAUCUGUUUUAAUUACACAAUACUUAUUCAUAAAAUGUAUAGAUUUAAUGAACAAGUACAACAACCAGCAGUAUAUUUUGAUAAAAACAAUAUCCAUGGAAAUAUUUUUACAAUUAUGGAAUAACGAUUUUUUGAAAUUAUAUAUUUUAAAAAUUGGAACUCCGUUAAUUUCUUUCCUCAUUUUUAUGACUAAUGUAGAAUAUGUCAAUAAAAAUAUUUUCUCUUUAAUUUUAUCCUCUAUUGAAAAUCCAAAUCAAGUAGACUUAAAAAAUUACAUUUGUGAGUAUGUUCAUCGGAAUAAAUACUACAAACAAAGACUGAAAAGAUGUAAGCAUUACAUUGAUAAGUUUAAAAGAUCAAAUAAAUUUUCUCUUCUUGUUAAGGCCUACCAUCCUUGUGAUGCCUCUGGUGGUAAAAUGCAUGAGGUCAUCUUACAAUCUAAGAAACAGGAACUUGAUCCGUUAAGUUCAGCUGUGAUGGUAAACACGAGGGAUGAUCAACGAAGUUAUCAUCGAAGCGACACACUUCUUGAGUAUAUUCUGGAAAUAAGAAAGAACAAUAACUAUUUCAAAAUUUUGCUAACCCCAGACGAAAAGAAUUGCUUAAAUUUUAUGCUUGAGUUGGAUAAUCCAAAUAAUAAUUUCCAUUUCAACUUAUUUUACAAUUUAUUUAUCGAAUGUAACCUUGUAAAUUUAGUUCACGAAAACAAGUUGAUAUAUUACAUUGAGUAUAUAAAAAGGAAGAAAUCUAACGAGGAGAGGGAAGAACAUGAAGGAAAUUUUAUGAAUGAAAAUAUAAGGAUCUGUGGAUUGGGAAGUUUUGCUUUCAACCUGGGCAACGACUUCUCGCUUGGUUGUUCUAUAGAGAAUGCAAAGUGUAGAGAAGUGGUGAAUAGAGAAGCGAUGAAUGGAGAAGAGAUGAAUAGCAAAGUGACGAAUGGCGAAGCGGUGAAUAGAGAAGAGAUGAAUAGCAAAGUGACGAAUGGCGAAGCGGUGAAUAGAGAAGAGAUGAAUAGCAAAGUGACGAAUGGCGAAGGGACGAAUUGCUCAUCCAAUAGAGGCAACAGCGACGAGAAUGCAAUAGCUGAAGAACAGAGAAACAAGGUCAACGAAAAGAUGAAUAGCUUGAGAGUUAGGGAAAGACUGAUGUACGAACUACACGGAAUAAUUCAGAACAGGAAUUGCGUUUUGUCUAAAAUAUACUGUUCACACAUAAAGCUGAGUUUCUUCUUUAGUAUUUUUUUUUAUAAAAGCUAUGACAUAUAUAAGAUAUUGUCUAGCUCUCUGGGGAUACAUGCAAGAAAAUUUAAGAAUUUUAAAAAAGAAAAUCAAAAGAUGAUAAAAUUUAUGAACAUUAAUAACAUUACACACAUCUUGACGGUCAAAUUUUUCAUUAAAUUUUUGGGUCGCAUGAAUGGAUCAUCGGUAGUAGAAGAGAAAAAAAAUUAUUCAAAUUGUAUGGAUGGAUAUGAAUGGCCAAUGAGUUCCCAAGUUGGCAAAUAUGGAUCUAUGUCAUUCUCAUCACGAAGAAGAAAAGAGGAAGAGGAAGAUGUGAUCUGUUGUUAUAGAUUGCUGGAACAUGCUAUUCGAAAUGACAAGAACGCAGGAAACACAUUUUUAAACUACUUGAAUAACAUUAUUCUUCAUUUGCAUGAAAGGAAAAGAGAAAAUUUAGUCCUUAGUGCUAUUAUAACACUUACAAUUUAUAACUUUUUAACACUUGUUAAUAAAAAUAUAAAUUUAAUUGAAAAUCUGGAACUCUUAAGUUUGAGUGAUGUUUAUAAUGAAAUACAGAACAACACUCUCAUAGGGUUAUUACUAAGAGAAAAUAACUUUUUUAUAGAUUGCGAAACUAAAUUUAUAGAGGUAGAUGAUAUAUACACUUACGAAUUGAAGAAUCAUAUGAAACUGAUUCCAGAAAAUGUGAAUAAGGAAAUUUUUGAACUUUUAAAUUUUAAAAAAUGUGUUUUUCAAAAAGGAUGUUAUAAAAAAAUUGAAAUUAUAAAAAUAGUGAAAAGAAACAUUUUGAACAAUUUAUACACAUCAGAAAUAUUGAAUUAUAUUUAUUACAACAGUUUGUAUAUCCUUAUUCAUCUCAUUCUGAACAUACGAUUUUAUUACACCAUUUUUCAAAACACAUACAAAACAAAUGCUAAAACUAAAGGGUUCAUAAAUGGAGAUUGCCAUUUUUCUUUAGCUGGGAAAAACUUCAUUCCGAAAAAAGGUUUGAUAAGUGGAGAUAUAUGUGACAACCGAUUUGAAAGGAAAUAUUCAUCAGGUAUAGUGAAUAAAGAAAAAGAGGUAGUACAAAAUUUGGAUGACUUCUCCAUUGGAAAAACACUUAUUGUUAAGUUUAGAAAAGAAAAUUAUGAGAAUUUUUUGAAAAAAAAAAAAUACAUUAUAAAAUUUUAUAAAAAGGAAAAAAAAAAAAUAAUAAUAAACUUGAAGAGAUAUUUAGUUGCAAGUAAUGUAAAUAAGUUUAUACAUAAUUUAAAACAAGACAAACUUUUUUUCAAUUUUAUUUUUCAAUUUGAUAAUUCUUCUUUAUUCAUGCACUCUGUUUUUCUUGAACAUGUUAUAGAAAGAGAAGAGACACAACUUAUGAUGAAUUCUUCUGAUUGUUCUUCCCUACCGAUGAUUGGAGAAACUGAUUUGAUUAACAAAAUGACUUAUAAAAAAGAAGAAGUAGUAACAUCCAAUUAUGGAUACCCACGUGUCCCAUAUAGAAGAGAAAACAAUUACUACUAUGUAGAUAUUUUGAAAAAAAUAAAAAAUGUGUAUUUUUUUGUUGACGAGCUUAAUAAGAUGAUAAGUUUUGUUACACAUAGAGGGCUGGCUGCUUACAGAUCUGUCGAAUGUUCAUUUAUGAAUUGUCCACUAGUUCUCAGUGAAGAUAAUUUCAGGAUUCAAUUUCGAUUUUACACCAUUUCGAAUGCUCAUCAGGAGGAAAUCAACACGAAAGAGAAUAAGGAAGAGACAUACAAAACCACAAAAGUGGAUCGAGAAAGACGUGCCAACUUUUCUUAUAGAGGAAAAAAAGAGUGCAAAUAUUUUUUGAACGAAUUGUUAGAUUAUGUUGUAUGCACAAUUAUGAACACAAAUUACGAGAAAGAAAGAAUUCUCAUUUGGGUAGAGUUUUUUUAUAGCAUUAAAAAUUUUGGUGUGGUAAAUUUCCAUUUUCUUUUUUAUUUGUGUUCCAUAAUGAAAGGAAUUUAUAACGUGCAGUACAAUUUUGAAAUAGGUAUCGAUGUGGAUAAAAAAAAUUUCAAUUCUAAAAACUUCGACUGUAAAAAUGGCACAUCAGAUGGUGAACACGAUCAGCGGAAGAACACGUGGAGAAAAUUGGAAAUAUGUGAAAAGAUAUAUAUUUUGUACUUGUUUAGAAUAAGCUUUUUACUCAAUAUGAGCAUAUACGAAACAUUUGAUUUUUUAUCUUCAAUUAUUAGUAUCUUGUUUAAUUACAACUUUUUUCAAUUUUAUAUGAAUAAAAAAGUUUUCAAUGUGGAUCAGAAGAAUAAGGAGGAAAUUGAAACUUUCGUUAGUUGUGUUAAAGAAGAAGUAAUUAAUAUACUAUCAGAAUAUGAUAUAAAUGUCUUUAUUGAAAGUAUAAUACAUAUAAGUGAUUUCUUAUUUAUGAAGAAAAGCAUUAAAAUUCUGAUUCUGAAAAGUUACAGUUUUGUUAAUGUACUCUGUCAUGUACUAUCCCAAAAAAGUUUAAUAAUAGACAUGAGCAAUGUAGAAUAUCUCUACCAUCAUGGGGUACAGAUAGAUGCGAUGCAAGAGGAGGAUCAGCAAAACAGAAUGGAGAACAUGGAAUGGUCACAAUUGUUCAUGUAUAAAGGGGAAUCUAUACCAUGUGAGAGGAAAAGAGAGGAACCCCCAUUACCGUCCUUUCAUAAUUCAAGAGUGGGAGAAACGGGAGAAACGGGAGAAGCGGGAGAAACGGGAGAAGCGGGAGAAACGGGAGAAACGGGAGAAGCGGGAGAAGCAGGAGAAUCUGGAGAAGAGGGAAAAUCUGGAGAAGCAGGAGAAUCUGGAGAAGCUGGAGAAGCGGGAGAAGCUGGAGAAGCAGGAGAAGCUGGAGAAGCAGGAGAAGCUGGAGAAGCGUAUGGUCUAGACUGGAAACUCUACGAAUCCACGUAUGAAUCAGAAAAAUUCAGCUCAUCGGAUAGUAAUGCAGACGAAAAAUUUGAAGAUCAUUUGGACGGUUUUAGAAGUUUUAUGAAGGACAAAAAAAUUGGAAAAAAGAUGGGAGAAAAGUUAGGCAUUCAGGUGAAUGGAAUAAAAUAUGACCAUCAAAUUGACGAAGUGAACAGAGAAAAAAAAAUAUGGAUUUUAGAAUUUUUCAAAUAUUUUGAUUGCCGUUCCUUUUUAUGCUUUGAGGAAAAUAAGACGGAAGAGGAGCAUUUUUAUGAAAAGAAAAAAAAUUUUCAAAAUUUUUUUUUCUCGGAAAAUUUUAAAAAAUGGAAAAAAAAAAAAAAAAAAAAAAAUGAGAAGGGAGAGAAGAAACAGUCGGAAGGGGCGGACGUGGCUGGAGAGACGAAGAAAGAAGAGGAUGAUUUAUGUAAAUUGAUUUAUGAAUCAAGAAAAAGGCUAGCAAAAAAAAGUAAUUUUUUACGCAUGUGUAAACAAGCCUUUUUUAUAAAAUGGGUAUGUCUCCGUAUAUUUAUUUUGAAAAAAUAUUACUUAAAUUAUUUUGAUAGCUUUAAGGCUUUUGAGAAUAUAUAUGAAAGUAUUAACGCCAUCCCUAAGAAAGAAAUUUUUCUUUUUAAGAUCCCAACUGACAUAAAUGUAACUGAUCCUUUUAGAAGCAAUGUGGACAUUAGAUGCAUAUUCAUGAUUUUCGUUUCCUACAUUGAUCGAAAGUUGGCUGACCUUUUAAGAAUAUAUCCCAGUGCAUGCAAUGUAGAUAAACAAGAGGGUCAAGAUGAUGUAGAAGAAGCAUCAACUGACUUUGUAAAUUUACAUUCCAUUCGACGGAGAGAUGCACAAAUGAGAAUCGAAGAAGAAGAAUUAGAACGGAGGAAAAAGAAAAAAAUACAACAACGGAUGGAAGUAUUAUUUAAAGAGAUGAAUACUUAUUUUGCAAAUUUCGUUGUAUCAUUUUACCCAUAUUUGAUAAAAUCUCGUUUUUCAUAUGACAUAUUUUUGAGACUCUUUAGAAUAUAUCUAAACAUGUAUUUAAUAACGAAAAGAAGAAAUGUCCUUUCAUUAGAAUCACCCGUUUAUUUAAUUCUUAUGAUUUUUGUACACCAUACACAUGUUUGUAAAUAUAUAAUGUUCUCAUACCUUACGAGAAUUACCCAGGAUUUAAAUUCGACCGUGAAAUUGGAGCAGGAUUUUCGAUAUGAUGAAAUGUCUCAGGAAUCGAUUUUUAUUCACUUUAGAGAAAGCGUGGAUUUUUUCUUGCAGAACUGGGGCAAAGAGGAUCUCCAAUUUGAUGAUAUAAAAAUUAGAUGCGAUGCAAAUGCAGUUUCUCUGUUUUAUCACAUGUUAGUUAGCAAAUUUUGA